AGGCUAUAUUUCGUCAAACAGGAAAAACUGAACUACUCAUUAUCUAAUGAUGUGUAGCUCGUCGGGCAGGAUUCCUCAAUCCAUUCAGGAUACCUUUAUAACUUUUGAUGGCAUGUGAAGUCAGUCGGGAACUCGAGUUGCUAACCUCCCGGACUGACACCAAACAGCGCAGCGAUGGCUGUCGAAAAUGUGAGCGCGAUCUUCAAGAUGUACUGUCUGACGGUGAUGACCAUGGUGGCGGCCACGUACACAGUGGCCCUGCGGUACACCAGGACCAUCUCAACGGGCGAUAUGUACUACGCUACAACCGCAGUGUGCCUCGCUGAGGUCAUUAAACUGGUACUGAGUCUGGGGAUGCUGACAAAAGAAACGGGAAGUUUUCCCAGACUGAAGAGCGCUUUAAUGGAACAUAUAUUCUGCAGCCCCAAAGAGCUGCUGAAGCUGAGCGUGCCCUCCGUAGUGUACGCGAUUCAGAACAACAUGGCCUUUCUUGCCUUGAGCAACCUCGACGCUGCAGUUUAUCAGGUGGAGCAAAAUCCUUUUGUUGGGUUUGUCGCCAUCGCCAUUGCUGUCCUUUGUUCGGGAUUUGCAGGCGUGUACUUUGAGAAGGUGUUAAAGAGCUCCGAUACUUCCCUGUGGGUGAGAAACAUCCAGAUGUACCUGUCUGGUAUUGUGAUCACCCUGAUCGGUGUUUUCCUGAACGACGGUAAUAAUGUCAUGGAGAACGGCUUCUUCUUCGGUUAUACGCACUGGGUGUGCUUUGUAGUGCUCUUGGCCAGUGUAGGUGGUCUGUACACGUCGGUGGUGGUGAAGUACACAGACAACAUCAUGAAGGGCUUCUCGGCUGCGGCCGCCAUCGUCCUGUCGACUGUGGCGUCUGUCCUAUUGUUUGGACUGCAUAUAACGAUCCCCUUCGCCGCUGGGGCCCUCCUAGUGUGUGUUUCCAUCUAUCUGUACGGACUGCCGAAGUCGGAGGCAAUGAAGACGACCCGGCAGGACUCGGACUCAGAAUCCAAACAGAAACUGAUCAAUGUUUGAGCCGCCGAGUCUCUCCUGCUGAUGGGGGGGGGGUCUCUCUAGAGACCUAAAGAGCUCUUUGGAGAUUUGGGAUCCACUUCUGUUAACCUGCAAAUGAACACUCAGUUGAGUUGUCUUUAUGUUCAGUCCGUCAGUUAUGUUUCAGUUGAUAUGUAGAAAAACACACAUUUGACCAUAAACUGGCUGCUUUUAAUUUCUGUAAAUAAUCUGAGGCAAUCAUCAAAGUCUUUAAAAAAAUCUUUAGCCAUGCUGAUGCGAUAAGCAUUGACAGGACUUUGUUACUAAUAUUGUGAUGCCUCAAUAUAUCUGUUUUAGGAGGCGUAUAAAUGUAACAACUCCAUAUCCUGGAAGGUUUUUUUGUCAAUCAGUAAUUUGUCUGUUUUACACUGUGAAAUGUCUAUGGCCAUAUCACAUAGUGCUAAAUCUGAAUUUGCCCGACUCACGGGAAAACAUACUUGAAAUGAUGACGACCGACUGCAUGUGUGAUUAUGUUUAUAACAUCAUCUCUUUAGUAUCUUUUUGUAUCACAUCUGUGUCGCAUUCUGUUUUGAAAGUCAUUUUAAAGCUUUUAUUAAAACUGGAUGGAAAUAGUG